AUGUCGCGCCUCCUCCUGCUCUUGGCGAUUUCCCCAAGCGCCGCGGUGGACGAGUGCGACGCGGAGGGCUGCGCAUUUCAUGCGCUGCAGCGAAGGGCCACCAGCUUUGGCACCGUAGGCCCGGGGGUCGCUUUCGGCCACGAGGCGGACGUGGCCGCGGGCCCGGCCAUCAGCAGCUGGAAGGAAAGCGCGCCGGAGACCGGCGACGAACUGCUGGGAGCCGGACCAUCAGCUCAGUAUGCCCCGCCCAGCCGCUCCGCUGGCAAGAGUCGUCUGCGUGAGGGCGGCGAUCUGAAGUUUGAAGCCGAGGCUCGCGGUUUGCUCUGGGAGCAGUACGGUGGUGGCACCGGGCUCCACGUCUUUCCUUUCAUGAGGCCCAGCUGUGGCAUGAACGACAUGAAACAGUGCUUCAACGAGACUGGCAGCUCCGCGCCGGGGUCCUGCAAGCAGGCCUGCGGCUAUGUGAAGGGCAUCGACGACAAGGCGCAGGUCGUAGUGGCCCAGCAGAUGAAGAAGCGCGCUGAGAGGACUGGGGUGCAGUACAUCUUGAACGUGGGCGACAACUUUUACCCGCAGGGGAUGAACACGGGCUGCGGCAGCCCCAUGGCCCAGAUCAAGGAGGCCACCAAGGUGCAGUUCACCAAGGCCUUUGACUGGGUCUACUCGGGGCCUCUCAGCGGCAAGCCUUGGCUCUCGGUGCUGGGCAACCAUGACUAUGGUGGCCGGCAGUUUGACUAUGCCUGGGACCAGCAGAUCGCAUUCACCUGGGCCAAUGACAGAUGGGUCAUGCCCGCGCAGUAUUUUAGCCAACAUGUUCGAUACCCGGAUCUGGGUUUCGACGUGGACAUUUUUAUGCUAGAUUCAAAUGUCAUGGAUGCAAAGAGCCCUGACAACCCAUCAGGUUCAAACCUUUGCAACCGCCGCUACAAUGCGCAGGAUAAACGGUAG